AUGAAACAAAUUGACGGGAAGGAUUCACAAACAUUAGUGAACAAACUGUAUGACUUACAAUUAACAUAUCCUGAAUUCUUUUUCAGAGUAAGACUUAAUGAUGAAGGAAAAAUUGAAUGUCUAUUUUGGAGGGAUUCCAUGAUGCUAGAAGAUUACGAAAUAUAUGUGGUUGUACUUGUGUUUGAUACUACAUUCAGAACGAACAAAUACAAUCUCAUAUGUGGUCUAUUUGUUGAUAUUAAUAACCAUUGGAAAAACACAAUGUUUGCUUGUGCUUUCAUUGGGGAUGAAACUACUGAAUCUUUUGUUUGGGUCUCCGAAACUUUUCUAAAAGCUAUGGGAGGAAAAUAUCCAGUUUCGCUAUUCACCGAUCAAGAUGCAGCUAUCGCUGCUGGAAUAGAAUAG